AUGACGUCCACCUGCAGCAACAGCACGCGCGAGAGCAACAGCAGCAACACGUGCGUGCCCUUCUCCAAAAUGCCCAUCAGCCUGGCUCACGGCAUCAUCCGCUCAAGCGUGCUGCUCAUCUUCCUCACUGCCUCGUUCAUCGGCAACAUAGUGCUGGCGCUCGUGUUGCAGCGCAAACCGCAGCUGCUGCAGGUGACAAACCGCUUCAUCUUUAACCUCCUCGUCACCGACCUGCUGCAGAUUUCGCUUGUGGCCCCCUGGGUGGUGGCCACCUCAGUGCCUUUCUUCUGGCCCCUCAACAGCCACUUCUGCACCGCCCUGGUUAGCCUCACCCACCUGUUCGCCUUCGCCAGCGUCAACACCAUUGUCGUGGUGUCCGUGGAUCGCUACCUGUCCAUCAUCCACCCUCUCUCCUACCCGUCCAGGAUGACCCAGCGCCGUGGUUACAUGCUCCUCUAUGGCACCUGGAUUGUCGCCAUCCUACAGAGCACACCCCCACUCUAUGGCUGGGGCCAGGCUGCAUUUGAUGAGCGCAAUGCUCUUUGCUCCAUGAUCUGGGGGGCCAGCCCCAGCUACACCAUUCUCAGCGUAGUGUCUUUCAUCAUCAUUCCACUGGUUGUCAUGAUUGCCUGCUACUCCGUGGUGUUUGGCGCAGCCCGGCGGCAACAUGCUUUGCUGUACAACAUCAAGAGCCACAGCUUGGAGGUGCGGGUCAAGGACUGUGUGGAGAAUGAGAAUGAAGAGGGAGCAGAGAAGAAGGAUGAGUUCCAGGGUAAGAGAGAAUUCUACAGCCAGGGUGGAGGUGAGGCCAGGGCCAAGGAGGGCGGUGUGGAGGCCAAAGAGGGUAACAUGGAAGCCAAAGAUGGCAACAUGGGAGCCAAAGACAGCAGCAUGAAGGUCAAGGAAGGAAGCACGGAGACCAGUGAAGGUAGCCUAGAGGCCAAGGGCAGCAAGGAGCUCAGAGAGAGCAGCAUGGUGGCCAGUGAAGGCAGCCUGGAGGGUAAGGAACGCCACAUCAAAGUUGAGGAAAGCAGCGUGAAGGCAGACAAGGGCUGCAUAGAGGUCAACCAGUGCAACAUUGACUUGGGUGAAGAUGACAUGGAGUUUGAUGAGGAUCACAUCAAUUUCAAUGAGGAUGAUGUCGAGGCAGUGAACAUUCCAGAGAGCCUCCCACCCAGUCGUCGGAACAGCAACAGCAAUCCUCCUCUGCCCAGGUGCUACCAGUGCAAAGCUGCUAAAGUGAUCUUCAUCAUCAUUUUCUCUUAUGUGCUAUCCCUGGGACCCUACUGCUUUCUAGCAGUCCUGGCCGUGUGGGUGGAUGUCCAAACCAAGGUACCACAGUGGGUGAUCACCAUAAUAAUCUGGCUUUUCUUCCUGCAGUGCUGCAUCCACCCCUACAUCUAUGGAUACAUGCACAAGACCAUCAGGAAGGAAAUCCAGGAUAUGCUGAAGAAGUUCUUAUGCAAGGAAAAGCCCACAAACGAAAACAACCACCUAGACCUGCCUGCAACAGAAGCCGGCACAGAGGGUGGGACUGAAGGCAAGAUCGUCCCUUCCCACGAUUCUGCUACUUCACCUUAA